AUGAUCUCUCUCACUAAUGCUACACCGCGUCAACACAUCGCACUUGACAUAUUCAACCUUAACGAGGAGGUUGGCGCUCACUGUAGCACGUGGCCAGGUGAACUCUACCUUCACGGAAUUGAUGCCACGAAUGACAAAGACGCGCACAUACUAAACUGUUGCACGACAAGCAGUAUUAUCUACUGGGCGAAUCCACAACACUACUCGGUCAUUCCCUGGCUGACGUUUAAAGUCCCCGCUGAACCUCAUCCUCAUCAGAAGCAAAUGACCUAA